AUAAUCGAUGGCCAUCGAUGAUGGUCUUGGUCGGUCGUCACGACGCAUUUAUUGUUAAUAUCGCAGACGGAUACGAUAUAUCAAUCUCUACAAGUCGCGCAAAUUAUAUCCAUGUCGCGAAUAAGUGUGCAAGAUGGACCGAGAGCCAGUGUUUUCGGCAAUUUAAACGACUAUGAUGACAGCAGUUCUGAAUCCAAUGAUAGUGAGGAAGAGAGUUCACAGAAAGAUGUCCCAUCAUGGGAUCUGUUCAAAACUUUUCCCACCCCAUCGAGAGAUGGGUCUAUGCAGAAUAAUAAUUUCUUUAAGAAGAUUAUUUGGACAGUAAAAGUGCUCGUUUAUGGUUUGCUAUUCGCUGUAGUUUUUUGCGGUGCCAUUGCAGCUAAAUCAGCUGUUCUAUUUGCCACUUCACAAUUGCAGAAAAAUCGAUUGUUGUCUUAUUACGAUUUUAGUCUAGAGAUUGAAGGACAUUGGUACGUAAUGGAACAUACUCAAGGUGGUCUUAUAAAAUGGACCUGGUGUUUAAUUUUUAUAUUUCUCGUGCCGGAAUGCAUUAGCCUGUUAAACGCCUUAUGGUAUUUUUCCUUCAAGAAAAAACCUGAAAUACCAAGUAUACAAAAUCUCCUACUCUUGAUAAUGAUAGAAACAGGACACACGAUCGGUUUAGUGCUAUUGACUUUCGUCAUUCUGCCAGAUAUUGGCGCAGUGCAAGGUGCUGUUAUUUUCUGUUGUCUCUGUUUCGUGCCGGCAUUGUUAAAUUUACUUUCGCAAAACGGAAAGAAUCGGAAUUUGACGGUAAAAAUGAUAACGUUGUUCUUCGUUUUCGACAUAUUGUCAUUAGUUGCACAACUCAGUGGAAUGUUUCUACGGCCCUUGAUUGAACAUGAUGUUAGUAAAACUUCCACAUGGCUCUUUCCCAUUGCAUUGUUAUUAUGUUCAAUUCGUUGGUGGGGUAACUUUGUGUCAUCUCACAGCAACAUUGGUCUGCUGCGUUACCUGUCGUCUGUGAAGAAGAAUCUUGAAGCAAGCCAACACAUCGUACAAGGAGGAGUGUCCAUUUGGAGAACGUUCAUCUUUAUUGCAGGUGUUCUCAUCGUCAAUAUGUGCGAUGGAAUAAACGUCGAAGACUUCUUGUCGCCCAAAUUCAGUGAAGGACACAAGAUUAGAUUAGUCCCAGCUACUCCAGGGGACGUUUCUCAUGAUCAUGUCUUCUUCACUUGUUUCACUAACAUCGUAUUCCAAGAACAUUCUUAUUUUUUAAUUGAAAACGGUUCUAUACCUUUUUACGUUCUGGCAGUUCAAGCUGUCUGCGCCAUAGUGGUAUAUCAAGCUUGCAAAUUUGCCUACAGGAGUCAGAUGCAUCAAUUUGGUUUCGCAUUUCCAACAAGUUUAGUCAGUUUUGGAACAGUGUGCUUGAUUGUAUCCUUGUGCAUUACUAGGAACAAAGACAUUUGUGCCUUCAAUGAUGUCGUACCAGAUUACCUUCUCUUCGGAGACACUACAUUUAGAGAUUGGAGAGAGUUUUUUACCAAUUGGUAUGUUUGGUGCUGGCCAAUAUGGCUAUUAUCGCAAAUAUGGAUUACGAUGCAUCUGUGGACCACCGAAAAUGAAAGACUGGCGCUAGUAGAGAAAAUAUUCUCCACGAUUAUUUAUGAUUCACUUAUGAUCGAUCAAGGUUUAGCUCUGAAUAGAAGAACACAAUAUGAAAAUGUUAUUGAAGACGAUAAGAGAAUCAAUGAUAACACUCAAUUUCCAAAUGGCAUACUAAGAAAUAAAACUAUCGGGAUGAGUUUAGAUAAUGAAAUAAGUCAACAGGAAUUAAACGAUAUCGAUCUGGAUACAACGGACAAUAAACGCAAGGAUCGGGUUACGAAAAUUUAUGCAUGCGCCACGAUGUGGCAUGAAGAAAAAAACGAGAUGAAUCAGUUGAUAAAUAGUAUUCUGCGAUUAGACAAGGAUCAGUGCGCAAUGUACGUCACACAGAAACAUUACAAAAUUUACAUUAAGGAUUAUUAUGAGCUGGAAACGCAUAUCUUUUUCGACGACGCAUUUUGCUGCAUGCAUGGCUGCAUUGGUUCAUGCGAUCACGACGAGAAUGAGACACAAGUCAAUCAGUAUGUGGAGAUACUGGUAGAAACGGUUCAAAGAAAUGUGGAGAACAUGUAUAUGCGUUCUUCGCCGCCCAUCAAAUAUCCGACACCUUAUGGCGGUCGUCUUAUGUGGACAUUGCCAGGGAAAACUCAACUGAUAGUUCAUCUGAAGGAUAAUAAUAAGAUUAGACACAGAAAACGAUGGAGUCAGGUCAUGUACAUGUAUUACCUUCUGGGUUAUCGUCUAAUGGCACUGCCGAUCGACGUGGAUCGAAAAGAGAUCAUCGCUGCAAAUACAUACAUUCUUACGUUAGACGGAGAUAUUGACUUCCAGCCGUCAGCUGUAAAAGUUCUAGUAGAUCUGAUGAAGAAGGAUAAGGAUCUCGGUGCUGCAUGUGGUCGGAUACAUCCGGUCGGAUCAGGUCCAAUAGUUUGGAUUCAAAAGUUCGAAUAUGCCAUUGGUCAUUGGUUACAAAAAUCUACGGAGCACACAAUCGGUUGUGUUUUAUGCAGUCCUGGCUGUUUCUCCCUGUUUAGAGCGAAUGCAUUGAUGCAGAACAAUGUAAUGGCAAAAUAUGCUACCAAGUCGACCGAGGCUAGGCAUUAUAUCCAGUAUGAUCAAGGCGAGGAUCGAUGGCUGUGCACGUUGCUGCUCCAAGUGGGUUCACGGGUUGAAUAUUCGGCAGCUAGCGAUGCAUAUACUCACGCACCGGAAGUCUUCAAAGAUGUCUUCAUACAACGUCGCAGAUGGAUUCCCUCCACUCUCGCGAAUAUAUUCGACUUGCUGAUGACAGCUAGACUAACGAGGAAGAAAAAUAAUGACAUCUCGUGGCUAUAUAUCGCUUAUCAAUGGGUUCUGAUGGGGAGCACUAUCUUAGGACCUGGUACGAUAUUCUUGAUGUUAGUCGGUGCAUUCGUUUCUGCUUUUCAUAUCGAUAACUGGACCAGCUUUUUGUAUAAUCUAAUUCCAAUUGGCGUGUUCGUUGGAGUUUGUUUUACCUGCAAGGAGCGCAUACAGUUAUUAAUGGCUGAGAUCAUCAGCGUUAUUUACGGACUGGUAAUGAUAAUCGUUCUGGUGGGAAUCAUGUUGCAAAUUGCGGAAGAUGGAUGGCUUGCACCCAGCAGUCUUCUCUUCUUUAUUGUCGCGAUACAGUUGAUUGUGGCUGGCCUAUUACAUCCCCAGGAGUGGACGUGUCUGUUGUGCGGUGUUAUUUAUUACAUUACUGUGCCGUCCAUGUACAUGUUGUUGACCAUCUUUUCCAUUUUCAACGUGCACAACGUCACGUGGGGCACGCGAGAGAAGAAGAAAAAUAUUUCUCAAGAAGAACAAAGAUCAUCAAAAACUGGCAAUUCCGGAAAUGUGAUAGGAAAAUGGAACAAGCAGAAUAAAAAUCAAAAGGACGGUUCAUUGGAUUUUUCAUUAGGAAAUCUUUUCAGAUGCAUCUGUUGCAUUAAUACAGGGAUCAGUCACGAAGAGAGGCGACUGAAUGAAAUUAACGACUCUUUACAACAAAUAGAUAAACGUCUGAGAUUGCUAGACAGAUUAGCACGUAUAGAGACUAGUAGCAUCAUCCAAUCAUCUCCGCACACUAAUAAAUAUACAAGAUUAUAUUCGCCGAUAGAAGAGACGAUAGAAGAAGGAUUGAAUCAGGAUAUUGAAUUACAACACAUAAGAGACGAUAAUAAAAGUGAGAAUGGGGAUGGUGACGAGUAUAGUGACGUUUUGACGCAAAUGUCGGUGACUUCGAGUCACGAACAUUCCAGCUUCCUCAUCAGUCCAUACUGGCUCCAAGAUGAGAGAAUGCGAAAAGGUGAGGUGGAUUUUCUGUCGAACCAUGAAGAGGAAUUUUGGAAAGAAUUGAUCGAGAAAUACUUACGACCUAUUGAAACCGAUGAAGAGAGUCAGAAAAAGAUAACUCAGGAACUGAUGGAAUGUCGCAACUCGUAUUUGCUGAGAUUCUUUAUGUUAAAUGCCUUACUUGUGCUAAGCAUGUUCCUCAUGCAAUUGAAUAAGGAAGUCCUGCAUUUGCAAUGGCCAUUGAGUAUAAAGUACAAUAUUACAUACGUUGAAGAAAGAAGCGAGGUGCAUUUGACAAAACAAUAUUUAAGGCUCGAGCCAAUUGGUUGUCUAUUUAUUAUUGGAUUUAUUAGCAUAUUAGGCAUCCAGUUCAUUGCUAUGUUAAUUCAUCGAUUUGACACAUUCACCCAUGUGCUCGCUAACAUGAAGAUCAAACUUUUCUGUUGUACUAAAGUGACUUCUUCAGAAGACAGCACUGUUGAGAAUGAUGCUGAUGUUAUAGCACAGGGACUUCAACGUAUGGCAGAGGAUGAUAUAACUAAUGAAUAUAGACGCACUACCAUGACUGCUUCCAAUAGAAGAAGGACUGUUCAUGAAUUAACACAGAAUUCACAAUCGCCAUUGAGGAAAAUAGGGAAUUUUGAAAAACUAUUUCGACGAAAACUCCGUAAUCCAAACGUAUCAGGUUUAUCACAACACAUUUCUUCACGAAUGUCAAAGAGCGCAUUCAGUGUUUUCGAACGAAGACGGUCAACGAUUUUAGCAAAAAGAAAGAAACAACAGCCGUACGAUAUUUAUGAUAAUGCUAAUGAUUUAAGAAAUUCAUCAGACACUCAGUUACCAACACUAAAUGCUAAUCAAUUUCAGUAUGAUAAUCCCGGAUUCAGGCAGGAUGAAAAUAUAUGAGGAUUUUUCAUUAUAUAUUGAUAUAUUAAAGACGAUAUUUGCAAUAUUUUAUUUUUUAAUCUUAAACUUACAUUUGUAUCAAUAGAUAAAUCAGAUAAAAUAUAAACAACAAUUUUUUAAAAUUUCUGUACAGAUAGCUAAGUAAUAUCUUCUUUGUAUUAAAAUUAUCACUGAAAAAAAAUUCUUCAAUAUAAUUAUCAUUUAAUGUUUUUUGAUAUUAUAA